AUGGUUAAGGUUCUGGAAGAAAAUGCUUUUGCAAACAUAGCUUAUGCAGGAGGAAGCCAAAGUUCCCGGGUUCAAGGCCCACGAGGGGGUUACCGUUAUCAUAUGCAGAAAUGCAUCAGGAUUCUUGCUGAAACGGGCCUUAUAUACAUGGCUGCCAACCCCAGGCCCCUUAAGCAUAAGAAUAAACAUUUACUGACAGUGUUUUGGAUGCAUAACGCCAAGGCCUGGAUCACCAAAGUCCGUACGUCUAAUUGGUUCCAUCAGAGUUUCAUGCCUCAAGUGAAGGAUUACCUCAACAACUUGGGCAUGGAGUUCAAAGUACUGUUGGUAAUGGGCAAUGCUGGUGGCCACUGUGGAUCUUUAUUACGAUGCAGUCCUUCCUGCCUAUGGACCAGGAUCAUUCACAGCUCCCUACAGCGUCUUGUAAAGGUGAUGGACACUGACAAUGAAUUUUCGGUGAAGGACUAUUGGCAUACAUUCACAACUGCCACAUGUCUGUCUGUCAUUGGCCAACCAUUGAAUGCCAUGAAGAAAGACACCCUUACUGCCUGCUGGAAGUUGUGGCUGGAGUGUGUUCAUGAUUAUAAGGGCUUCUCUCCAGAGGAAAUUCAUCAUUCAGCCACUGAUAAGGCAGUACAAUUGGUGAGAAUCCUUGGUGGAGAAGGCUUCCAUGACAAUGCUGAGGAUGACGUCGGCACCCUCACUGAUGCCCACUCUGUCCCCCUGACAGACCAGGAAUUGGAAGAGCUGACAAAAUCUGCCAGCGAGUAA